AUGGACAACCACGAUCCACUCUUUAAUAUUUUACAGUCAACCUCGGUUCCAUACUCAAUCCCGGAUUCCCCUGAAUAUGACUCCCUCCGCCUGCCGUACAACCUCCGCCUUCAACCAAAGCCGGCCGUAAUUGUGUUCCCGCAGUCAAUUCAGCAGAUAUCCCUCGCCCUGAAGGCAGCCUCAGAAGCUGGGUUAAAAGUGCAAGCUCGAAGUGGCGGUCAUUCCUAUGCCUCCUUCGGUCUUGGGGGAAAAGAUGGAAGUAUGGUGAUCGAUCUCCGAGAAUUUCAGGAUGUGGAGACACUCAAUGAAUAUGUCGAUCCCAGUACAGGGGAAUUUUUGAGGGGUGUCGUUGCAAAGGUCGGUGGAGGAGCGAGAUUGGGAAACAUGGCACGCAAGCUCUUCCAGCAGGGUAAGAGAGCAUUGCCUCAUGGCACUGGGUCCGGGGUUGGUAUCGGAGGCCACUCAACACUUGGGGGAUAUGGAUACGUUAGCCGAGCUUGGGGGCUGGCAUUAGAUCGGAUCGUUGCAGUGGAUGUGGUACUGGCGGAUGGCAGAGUUCUUCAUGCGAAUUUGAAGGAGAACGAAAACGUCUUUUGGGCAGUGAGAGGAGCAGCACAUUCGAUCGGCAUUGUGGCUACUUUCUACAUGAAGACGGAAGAAGCCCCAUUACAAGUCAUCUAUUUUGAGCUUGGAUGGGACGGCAUGUACGAGGAUAUGCAGAGGUUCACGAACACCUUUCUCGAGAUCCAACACUUCGCAACUGAGUCAGGUGUCGUUGACGAGAGGUUGACUUUUGGAGUUAGAGUGGAUGGAAGUACCUAUAGAGUUACAGGAGGGUUUCUUGGUGGGGAAGAUGAAUUCAAUGAUAAGAUAUUACCCGCGCUAGUGAAGAAUCUACCUGCUCCAUCUUCAACAUCCAUUAAGCCCCUGGGAUGGAUCGAAUUUCUCGAAGUAUGCUCUGACAAGGGAACACUAGAUGUUCCAGCGAUGGGCACGGACGAGCAUAAAUCCUUCUAUGCAACGUCGCUCACUGUCUCAGAGUCCGAAGGUCUUACAGAAGCAGCAAUGGAAGCUUUCUUUGAGCACAUUACUUCUCCACCAUUACCGGAAAAAUAUUUUAUCAUAAUCAAUCUUCACGGAGGCUCGAGAUCUUCGAUAAAUAACAAGGAUGAGGCUUUCUCAGCCUACACGGACCGCGACUCCCUCUGGACAUUUCAGAUCCCGGCUGACAGCGAUACUGCAGAAUCGAAAGACUUUGUUAUGGGGAUUCGCAACAAGAUCAUUGAGAAACAAAAAGGCACAUCGUUCGGCGCAAGUUUAAGCUAUAUUGAUGCCGCAUUAAGCAGGGAGGAGGCUUGGAAAGCAUAUUACCGCGAUCAAGAAGUGGUGGAGAGGUUGAAAAAAAUCAAGCGGGAAGUGGAUCCACGAGAGCUGUUUUGGAACCCGCACGCUAUUACUGCGAUCGGAGACCGGCGCAGAUAA